UAAAUUAAUACAUGUCUAAACUCGAAAUUUGAUAUAUUGAUAUAUAUUUAUAUAUAAAACUCAGCAAUUUGCUGAGCUGAAUGCUAUUUUGGUGAACAUGGUGCAAGAUGGGGAAAAGAAGAAGACGAUGCCAAAUUAUAUGAAAUAUGUGCUCGGUGGCACGGCCGGCAUGUUGGCAACGAUCGUAGUGCAACCGUUGGAUUUGGUGAAGACACGCAUGCAAAUAUCGGGUGCAAGUGGCACAAAGGAAUACAGCAGCAGUUUCGAUUGUAUGGCAAAAAUUUUAAGGUCCGAGGGAUUGUUGGGCUUUUACAACGGAGUGAGUGCUGGGCUGUUGAGGCAGGCAACAUAUACAACAACCCGCAUGGGAGUCUAUCAAAUGGCAUUGGACGCGUAUCGCAAUCGUUUCGAGAAGCCGCCCAAUGUGUUGGGCAGCUUGGCAAUGGGCAUUAUUGCCGGUGCUUGUGGCGCAAUGGUUGGCAAUCCUGCAGAAGUCUCGCUCAUUCGCAUGAUGGCAGACAAUCGACUGCCAGCGGAUCAGAGGCGUAACUAUAGAAAUGUGGGCAAUGCUCUGACAAGGAUCGUCAAGGAGGAGGGCAUCUUGGCACUGUGGCGUGGCUGUUUGCCAACUGUGGGUCGUGCCAUGGUCGUGAAUAUGGUUCAAUUGGGCUCCUAUUCGCAGUUCAAGUCGGCUUUUAAGCGCCACAUCGACGAGGGUCUUGGGCUACAGAUUGCGGCGAGCAUGAUGUCGGGUCUGUUGACCACAAUUGCCUCGAUGCCGCUGGACAUGGCCAAGACGCGCAUCCAACAGAUGAAGUUCAUCGACGGCCGGCCAGAGUACACCGGUGCCUUGGACGUCAUUGGCAAGGUCAUCCGGAAUGAGGGCAUCGUAUCGCUGUGGAAGGGCUUCACGCCGUAUCUGUGUCGGAUUGGGCCGCAUACGGUGCUCGCCUUCGUUUUUCUCGAGCAGCUCAACGGAGCCUAUCGCAAAUAUGUCCUGGGCGACAAGCAGUCGGGUUCUGGUCUCUAAAAGCCCUCCUGGUAGUCCUGGUCGUUGUUAUAACUCAUUUUGUUUGUUUUCUGUAUAAAUUAAGGAUAGACUUGGUAUUAAAGUUGCUGAAGUAGUUAUGGAUAACACU